UCAAACCACACUCCAAGAACAUAAAAAUAAUAACUUUUUCCAUUCCACGAUUACCCUGGCACUCUCAGUUUCUGAGAUCUCAUAUAUAUAUACAGAUGUGUUUGUGGAAUUGAAAGGGAGAGAGACCGUUGAGUAAGAAGAAUGAGAGAAAUAUUGCACGUGCAAGGUGGGCAAUGCGGGAACCAAAUCGGUUCGAAAUUCUGGGAAGUGAUAUGCGAUGAGCACGGGAUCGACCCCACCGGAAACUUCACCGGCGAUGUGGCGUCGGAUAUCCAAUUGGAGAGGAUAAACGUGUAUUACAAUGAGGCUUCCGGCGGAAGGUAUGUUCCGAGGGCUGUGUUGAUGGAUUUGGAGCCAGGGACCAUGGAUAGCAUCAGAUCCAGCCCUUUCGGCAAGAUCUUCCGCCCUGAUAACUUCGUCUUUGGACAGUCCGGUGCCGGCAACAAUUGGGCCAAGGGACACUACACCGAAGGUGCUGAGUUGAUCGACUCUGUUCUUGAUGUCGUUCGCAAAGAGGCCGAAAACUGUGACUGCUUGCAAGGUUUUCAAGUGUGUCAUUCGCUUGGAGGUGGGACGGGAUCUGGCAUGGGAACACUGUUGAUAUCGAAGAUCAGGGAGGAGUAUCCUGACAGAAUGAUGCUUACUUUCUCUGUUUUUCCUUCUCCGAAGGUCUCUGACACGGUGGUGGAGCCCUACAAUGCUACUUUAUCCGUCCACCAACUGGUGGAAAAUGGAGAUGAGUGCAUGGUUCUUGACAAUGAAGCACUCUAUGACAUUUGCUUCAGGACCUUAAAACUCACCACCCCUAGUUUUGGUGAUCUGAACCACCUGAUAUCUGCAACCAUGAGUGGAGUGACCUGUUGCUUGAGGUUUCCUGGCCAACUGAACUCUGAUCUCAGGAAACUAGCUGUGAACUUGAUCCCAUUCCCACGUCUCCACUUCUUUAUGGUGGGGUUUGCUCCUCUCACCUCACGUGGGUCUCAACAGUACGCCUCUCUCACUGUCCCUGAACUCACCCAACAAAUGUGGGACGCCAAGAACAUGAUGUGUGCUGCCGAUCCCCGCCAUGGACGCUAUUUGACAGCAUCAGCAAUGUUCAGGGGAAAAAUGAGCACCAAAGAGGUUGAUGAGCAACUGAUCAACGUGCAGAACAAGAACUCGUCAUACUUCGUUGAGUGGAUACCCAACAACGUGAAGUCAAGUGUGUGUGACAUCCCUCCCAAGAACUUGAAGAUGUCAAGCACUUUCAUUGGUAACUCCACUUCAAUUCAGGAAAUGUUCAGAAGGGUGAGUGAGCAAUUCACUGCAAUGUACCGACGCAAGGCCUUCUUGCACUGGUACACAGGGGAAGGAAUGGACGAAAUGGAGUUUACUGAGGCAGAGAGCAACAUGAACGAUUUGGUGGCAGAGUACCAACAAUAUCAGGAUGCAACAGUUGAUGAAGAUGAUGACUAUGAAGAGGGUGAGGGUGAAGAGGAUCAUAAUUUCGAGUAGUAAGGAUUGAUCAUUACUAUAAACUCAUUAAGCCUCUUCCUUUUCUUUACUUCUGCACUUGCUGUGUUAGUCGUGUUAUUCCUUACUUUUUAUAUGUGCCUUGUAGACCAUAUUGUUCAUUGUUCAUUGUUCUAUACUUAAUCCAAGUGCAUGAAUAAGAACAAGUUUUUUUUAUCUACAA